CAGAUCGCGUUACCUCGGAGAAGCCAGAGGCGUCGUGCUUGCUCAUCACGCGCAGUCAAUGUAGCAGCCGUCGAGCGAUGCGUUCAUGUUUGUGCGCGUAUGACACCAUCCUCGUUGACCAAAUUGACACAAACCCAGAAUGUCCAGCGGAAAAAACCAGAACAUUCUGCAAGCCAUUGCAUCCCCUGAAGAUACGACAGGGAUUGCGCAACAAGAGUUGGGUGAAACAGCUGCAGUCAAGGAGCACGCGUUUAACCAACUGAGAGAGCUAAUACUUGGCGAACCCUUACUCGACUGUCCCAUGGACGAAGACUUCCUCGCCAAGUUUCUACGAGCUCAAAAGUAUGACGUGCAGAGCGCCUUCAAGAAUGUCCGGACGUACUUCAAGGUUCGAAGGGACUACCCGGAGAUGUUCGCAGAGCUCAAGCCUUCCAGCGUGCCUUUCAACGAUGCGUGCCGCAAGCAUCGACUGGUGACGCUGUCCCGGAAGACAGAUUCCAAGGGAAGAGCUGUGGUAAAGUUCAGGACAGGUGCCUGGAACACAGACAUAUGCUCGCUGAAUGACUUCUUCAGGAUCACGUUAGUACACGCCGAGCACGUCCUGCUUCGAGAGGAAUUCCAGAUCAGGGGCAUCGUGGCCAUUCUAGACAUCAGGGGGCUCAGCGUCUCCCACAUUGCUCAUUACACGCCCUCAGCGAUUAAAAAGUUCAUGACACUUAUUCAGGAAUGCUUGCCCUUGCGGAUAAAAGCAGUUUACAUCAUCAACAACCCUGCUUUAUUUGACAUUUUGUUCACCAUUGCCAGGCCCUUCAUGGAGGCCAAACUGGUGAAAAGGAUUCGCUUCUUCGGCUACGACUGCGAGGAACUGCACAACCUCGUGCCAGAGGACGUCAUUCCGGAGGAGCACGGCGGCACAAACGAAAGCUACGACUUCGACACUAUAGAGGAGGAGCUCAAGAAGGAAGAGGCUUUCUUCGAGAAGAUCAACGCUCAUGGUUAUCGCAGGGUUGAGGAGCAUAAAGAGGGAGUGUCCAGAAUAUAGCUUGAAAUAAUUAUAUCCAAUUAUUUCUUUCACUCUCA